CGCAGCCAGCGAUGGAGGCGAGACCCCCCAGUAACAGAGGCGGUGGCGACGGCUGCGGCCACUGGGUUUCUGCCUCUUCCCAGCAGCAGCUCUAAGAAUCACAGCGGAACUCGACCUGACCCAACACAGCUACUUACUCUCUGCUCAGGGUUGUGGCUUCCACAUGCACUGUCUAACCAUCAUGGCAACUUCCUCUGAAGAAGUAUUGCUGAUUGUAAAGAAGGUGCAUCAGAAGAAGCAGGAUGGAGCUCUGUACCUCAUGGCAGAAAGAAUUGCUUGGGCACCUGAAGGCAAAGAUAGGUUUACAAUCAGCCAUAUGUAUGCGGACAUUAAAUGCCAGAAAAUCAGUCCAGAAGGAAAAGCUAAAAUUCAGCUUCAGCUGGUCCUGCAUGCAGGGGACACAACAAACUUCCAUUUUUCCAAUGAAAGCACAGCAGUGAAAGAGCGUGAUGCAGUAAAGGACCUUCUUCAGCAGCUGCUGCCCAAAUUUAAGAGGAAAGCAAAUAAAGAACUGGAAGAGAAAAACAGAAUGCUGCAAGAAGAUCCUGUUUUGUUUCAGCUCUAUAAAGACCUGGUUGUGAGUCAAGUGAUCAGUGCUGAGGAAUUCUGGGCCAAUCGCUUAAAUGUGAACACAACAGAUAGUUCUUCCACAUCCAACCAUAAGCAGGACGUUGGCAUUUCUGCAGCAUUUCUGGCUGAUGUCUGGCCCCAAACAGAUGGCUGUAAUGGUUUGAGAUACAAUUUAACUUCUGAUAUCAUUGAGUCCAUUUUUAGGACUUACCCAGCAGUAAAAAUGAAAUAUGCAGAAAAUGUUCCUCACAACAUGACAGAAAAGGAAUUCUGGAUGCGGUUUUUCCAGUCCCAUUAUUUUCAUAGGGACAGGCUGAAUACGGGGUCAAAGGAUCUCUUUGAAGAAUGUGCCAAAAUAGAUGAAAAAGGAUUAAAAACAAUGGUUUCAUUAGGAGUGAAGAACCCACUACUGGAUUUGACAGCUUUAGAGGAUAAACCAUUAGAUGAGGGCUAUGGCAUUUCCUCCGUGCCAUCUACUUCCAAUUCUAAGUCCAUAAAGGAGAAUAGUAAUGCUGCCAUCAUCAAGAGAUUCAACCAUCACAGUGCCAUGGUUCUGGCAGCAGGUCUCAGGAAACAAGAAGCACAAAAUGGUGAGCCCAGCAGCAUUGAUGGAAAUUCCGGAGAUGCCGACUGCUUUCAGCCAGCAGUCAAGAGGGUAUGGGCAGAAAAUUUGGACCAUUUGGGGCUCAGGUUUCUCCAGACACCUUUGACAACUUUAUAUUGCUUAUUUCAUCUAACUCAACAUGUUAAGCAUUUUGCCGCAAGUGUAGAGCAUUUUAAAGAAUACUUCCUCAGCUUUGGCUUGCCAAAGCCUUUGACUCAAGUCUAUUAACCAACUUCAUUGGCUUUUUCCCUGUCACAUGUACACUUACCCACAAAUGUGUUUCUGUGUGCCUAUGUGUGUAAGUGAACUUGUUUUCUAGGAAAGAAUAUUCUGUGGAGGCAGUAUGACAGAAAGAAAAACUAUAAAGUUUCGUGUAUAUGAUUUUAAAAGAAAGUCAUUUUUAAACUAGCAUUCAGAGCUGGAAGUAUCUUCUCAUUAUUGAAGAACUCAUUUGGGGUUGUGGGGAAUAUUUGGGGAUGUGGGAAUAUGGAUAGAGUUAGCUACUUGUUAUUCCUUCCUUUUCUGUAACUUUGCCAA